AUGGGAAAUUCCAGUAUCCUACCAAUUAGUCAAAACUAUCAUCAUGGAGAAGGCACUAAUAUAUCUUCUGGGGCCUUCCAGGAUAAUCCUGAUGAAAGAAGGCUCACAAGUAACCAUGAUGUUUUACUAAAUCAAUUCUCGGCUCAACCUUCAGGGGCAUUAGAUCAAAAAGGUUCUGUGAAGUUCUCAAGUAUGGCUGUUGUUUCAGCAUCUACUCCAAGGACACGUAGCAGCCCCAAGAAUAAGGAGCAAAAGACAACUGAAAAGGUCCCUUCAAACAACUUUCCUUCAAUUUUUAAAAGCCUGUUAUCAACUGGUAUACUUGAUGGAGUUCCUGUGAAGUAUGUUUCAUGGUCAAGGGAGGUGAGUUCUGAUAUUCUUGUCUUCCACUCUAUUCAAGGGUUUUUUCCUUAA